GGAUUUCUGUGACGAAGCUCCAAGAAAGAUGUCUCAGUAAAGUCCUUGUAGUUUUAUCUUUGAUGCUCCCAGUGUGCUUGGAUUCCAGGACUCUGUUUUAAGGCAAUCCCAGCUUUGAGAAGAAGAGCUUGUCUUUCAGCUCCAUGAGAUGUCUCAGAAUCCCGAUCUAAGAGCACGAUAGAUCAUGCUUCGAAUUUCCACUCAACUUUGGUUGGAACCUGUGAAAUCGCUGUUUUUAAGGCAAUGCCAGCUUCGAGAGGAGCAACUGGUCCUGCUGUGACGAAAUAUCCCUGAACGAGCGCAAAAACGGCUGCGUCGUUUGAAAGUCGCUCAAGAAAUUAAUUCCGGCCAAGACAAGGCAGCGGUGGUUUGUUGGCGGUGGAUUUUAUUCGGAUGGAAUUCGCGAUUCACUUGUUUGUUGGUCGAUUUCUGCAGGAGAUUCGACGUUAAGUUGUAACUGUGGCUCUGCGUGAGCGGCACCUCAGCUGGAAAAAAGCGAGCUACUGUUCCUCGAUCGCAAGUACCUUAAGAAGGAGGGAUCAAACAAACAAGGCUCUACAGCGCAUGGAGCUUGAGGUGUCGGGGAUCACACCGAAUGUAGACGCAUCCUCUGGAAUCGCACAAGCGUGCUCAGGCUUAAACAACAUACACAGAGAUUCCUCGCGGGCGUGGAAUUUGCUGCGCAGCGGGGAUUUGCAAAUGGAACUGGCAGCGGGGAAAAGAAAAAGCAAGCGCAGCUGGAUCGCGCAAAAAAAGAAACACUUCCAACUCGCCCGCAAUGCUACGCAGCCAAACGAGAACGACGAGCGCCACCAUAGCCAAACACAAAUGGAAGACGAGCGAGAGCACGUAAGCUCGUACCGUAAAGCCGAACGAGCAAAGACGGUCCCCCCCAAGCGACGAGAUUUCUCGCGACUUCGCGAUCAUCGGGAAUUUCGUGGGGGAUUCGAACGACGGAGUGUGAUUCGAUCGGCCGCAUUUGUGGAGCGCUCGGCCCCAGAUCCAAUCGUAAGUCGCUCGCUCGCUCGCUUUUGGAGAAGAAGAGAGGGAGCAUUUAAUUCGCGGUGCGCAGUAGUCGCAGGGUCCUGUGUAGAGCUGGUCUCUAUCUCAUUCAAGCGCGCCUUUGAAAUCUCCCCCAUCCCAUCUCUUUCUUUCCCUUCUCUUUUGUUUUCUCCUCCUUUCUUUUCCUCUGUGUGUGUGUUCUUCCCGCAUUGGUCUAUCUAAAGACCAC